GUGACCGGUUGUUAGCAAGCUAGUGUACGUUGGCUAGAACGGCGGGAGUUAAAGCGCCACUUUCAAAAAGAGUAGCACUAGUUGAAUCUAAAUGACUGGCUAACUACUGAUGACAGCUUGGAGAUCUGUGCCCUUGCUAUUUGAUUUUGUGCGACAGUGAUCAGCCAAACACAGUUGUUAUGCUAUCAAGUACUGUAGCUAGUUAACGUCGUAUGGUCCGGGCAAGACAGUCAGCUGAACUGUUUAGUGUGCAGUGAUGGAGCUGUUUGUCUUUGCUGGGCUGGAUUGCCUUGCCUGUAUUUGUUGCAUCUGAGUCUGACGUAGUCUUUUGUUCUGUGAGUAAAGUAGCUACAUUUAUCCAGGGUGGGUGGGGUGCUUGAGAUGAGGCCAAGAUGUUCGAGUGCCGUGUUUGCAAUCAAGCAUAAUCAUCCCUCCCUUGACCACGCGUAUCCACAACAGAACGUGGAGAAAUCACUUGAGACCGAGGCUGUGUAGUUACCUGAGCGGUUCUCAUUUGCACAAAUAGCUGGGGAAUUUAGGGCUACCAUGGUAACGACUGCAAUUUGCCCCAAACCUCUCAUCACACCAUCCUUACAACAUCAGUCUUUACCAUCUCUGACCUGCAAACAGAGGAGAGCACAGCACGUCUCUUCCCUUUGAAUAGAGGUGAGAUGAACCCCUCUGCCUUUGCUCAGUCCGGCCCCCUGCACCCAAGCCUGGACCCUGGGGGGACGGUGAAGCUGGGGGAGUCCGACAUGGAGCUGCAGAAGAUGCUGAUCGAUGAGCGGAUGAGAUGUGAGAACCACAAGACCAACUACCGGACUCUCAAGGCUGAACAUACCAGGCUGCAGGAUGAGUUUACCCGGGGGCAGGGAGAGCUGAAGCGUCUCCUCAGUGACAAGCAAACCGCCCAGGAGAAACUGCAGCUGCUGCUGGCUGAACUCCGAGGUGAAAUGCUGGACAAGACCAGGGAGCUGGAGGAGCUACGACUACAGGUGCUGACCCCCCAGCGGUUGGAGCUGUUGAGGGCCCAGGUGCAGCAGGAGAUGGAGGGGCCUGUCAGAGAGCGCUUCAACAAACUGGAGGAGGAGACUGAGAAGUACAGGUCUGAGUAUAACAAGCUGCGGUACGACUACACCUUCCUGAAGUCUGAGUUUGACCACCAGAGAGAGGAGAGCGCUCGCAUACUGGAGGAGAAGAAGAUCCGCUUUGAUGCUGAGGUAUCACGGCUGGAAAGGGACAGAGAGGAGCUGAUUGGCCAGUAUCAGGGCACAGACCCGUCUAGAGACGGUAAACGCGUUGAGUCUCUGCUGAGAGAGAAGGCCCAGCUCCACCUGCGUCUGAAGGGCCUGGAGGCUGAGGUGGCUGAGCUCCGGGCCCAGAGGGACAACUCUGGCCAGCAAGCCGAGAACGUGCAGCGCAUCCAGGUCCGCCAGUUUGCAGAAUCCCAGGCUGCAGCCAAGUCACUGGAGGCAGAGAGGCAGUCACUGCGCCUGCAGUUGGAGCGUCUGGGGAGCGAGUUGCAGCUGAGUCAUGAACAGAACACCCAGCUGACCGGCAGACUACACAAGGCUGAGCGAGAGGUCAACACUCUCACCAGCCAGGUGGAGGGCAUGAGGCACUCUCACAAGCUGGAGGUGGCCAAUGUGAAGCUGGAGUGUGCCAGGUCUAGAGGGGAGGUGGAGCGGGAGAGAGACACACUACAGGGCCAAAUGGAAGGUAUGCAGUCUGAUGUGGAGGUGUUGAAGGGGACGGUGGAGAGACAGAAGGAGGUGCUGGCUGAGAGGGAGAGGGAACUCGUCCGGAGGGUGCAGGCUGCUCGCGAGGAGGAGUUCCACAAAACAGCCAUCGUCCACGAGGAGAAGUUGGUGCUGGAGGAUCGUCUGGCUGAGCUGGAGCAGCAGAGGGCGCUACAGGAUGCUGCUGGCCACACCCAGAAAGAGGAGUGGGAGGAGCGUCUCCGUGGCGCCCAGCUGGGGGAGGAGUCUGCCCGUAAGGAAUUGCAGAUCCUAAGGACUAAACUGCAGCAGCAGGGCUCUCAGCUGGAGGAACUACAGACACAGAAGACAGAUAAUGCUGAUCUGAGACGGCAGAACCAGGAGCUGGGGGUGCAGCUGGGUACGUUGUCCCACGCCGAGGCUGAGCUUCUGGAGACCAACCAGCGUCUGAGGGACACCCUGGAGAGGGCCCGGGAGGACUUGAGGAGCGCCCGCUCACAAGCUGAGAGAACCCAACACGAAGCCGAGAGAUUGGUGGAGGAGCGUCGUGUGGAGUGGUUAGAGGAGAAACACAAACUACAGGAGAGGGAUGCAGAGCUGCAGGAGAAGUACGGCCAGGCCAAGGAGAAACUUCAGAGGGCCGCGCUGGCACAGAAAAAGAGGAAAAACAUGACAGAGAACAAGGAGAAGAGAUACCAGGACAGGAUCCAACUACUGGAGGCUAAGAUGGCAGAGCUGGAGCUCCAGACCAGCUCAGCCAAGAAGCGUCCUUCCUACACCGAAGAGCAUGCCCUACUUAACAGACGACUGAAGGAACUGCAGCGCCGACACAGCGAGUUCCGACGCCUCCUAUUGGGCAACCAGGUGACCUCUGCCACAGGCCCUGCCCUCAUGACCUCCACCACCGGCACAGGACUUGGCCCGGUCCUUGUACCCGAGUCUGAGGGGCCUAGUCUUCAUGAGGAGCAGCACCAGAGAGAGUUAUCACUGCUGCGUCGGAGGCUGGAGGAGUUAGCCUGUACGCAGCAGCAGCAGAUGGAGGAACUGGGACAGGAACAGGGGCUCUGGCCUGCACGACUCUCUCCCUGAACUCUGACCUCUCUGACCCCCCCCCAGAGAGUGAGCAUGUAGGAUGUAUUACUCCCUAAAAGUGAUGUUUGGUAAUAUUCUAAUUUAAUCAGUGACAUCUCAAAUAUUUUGUGAAAAACAGUUUGAUUUUAUUGGCACAAAAGAUGUCAAAUGAAAAGAGAACUACAUGGAUUCAAUGUUUACAUUCCUUGUUGAGUAACAGUACUCUAGUCCUUCCAUGCCUUGGCUGUUGAUGCCUAUGUAAAUAAUGAUUUCAAUGGCCAACCAAUGACUUCCUCAGUUUUAAUUGACUGUUGUGAGAUUUGUAUCAAAUGUUUACGCUAAGACCAUCACUCUAAAACUUUAAAAGCGUGAUAGUCCCAAAGGCAUUUGUAUUUAAAAAACAAAAAAAAACAAGGUUGGUUUCAUGGAUCUAAAGAGCUGUGACUUGCACAACAUUUAUACAAUUGUUUUUAUAUUUGCAAUUCAUACAAAUAAAUGUUUAUGCUUUA